AUGAGUGUGCAAUACGCGCGUCCACCAAGCCGACGACCUCCUCUUGGAGAAGCGACUCGGCGGGUCAACAACAAUCAGUCACACACCACCCGGCUUCAAUCGAAAUCUACACCAACAAAUCAUGACAGCUUGCGACAAGACGGUUUACUACAAGUUUACAACCAGGCUUCUACUUCCCCAGGCGAACAAUAUUCGUACCGUGACGAUCCUCGAAUGGGCUCUCCUGUCUCCAAUGUUGUCAACCCUAGGCUCUCUGCUAUAUCGAAGGAGGCUGCCACGGAUUCAAAACGAAGCUCCCAGAUUUCGAACGCAUCUUCCGCUUCUGAUGGCAAAAACAUCAAGAAGUUUAUUGGCCCUUGGAAACUGGGUAAAACCUUAGGAGAGGGUGCAACGGCGCGAGUACGUCUUGCCAAAAACAGAAACACGCAUCAGAUGGCAGCGAUCAAAAUCGUCCAAAAGAAAAAUGCCCAAUUAUCUCAGGCAGGAAGUCUUGCAAAUCUGGAACAUUCAGAACCGUUACACGAUGAAAGCGAUGGGGUGCGAAGGAUGCCUGUAGGCAUUGAACGAGAAGUGGCAAUCAUGAAGCUUAUUCAGCACCCAAAUAUCAUGAAAAUCUAUGAUAUUUGGGAGAAUCGCACCGAAAUAUACUUGGUUCUUGAAUACGUUGACAAUGGCGAGCUUUUUGCUCAAAUAGCAAACAAUGGAAGACUGCUCGAAGAGAUUGCAAUGAAGUAUUUUCGACAACUUCUGAGUGCUGUAGGAUAUUGCCACUCAUAUAACAUCUGCCAUCGAGACCUGAAACCCGAAAACAUUUUAAUCACAUCCGCUGGAGAUAUCAAAAUUGCAGACUUUGGAAUGGCUGCCCUACAUCAAGGUCCAGAUCACAAAUUAAGAACUUCUUGUGGAAGCCCACAUUACGCUGCACCGGAGCUGAUUGGCGGACACAAAUAUCGCGGAGACAAGGUUGAUAUAUGGAGCAUGGGUGUGAUUCUCUAUGCCAGCUUAUGUGGACGACUGCCAUUCGACGUUGAAGGUGUUGGCAAUGAUAGGGAACGCCUUAAUCCAUUACUUAACAAAAUUCGAAAGGGGGAUUAUGAAAUGGCCCCAGAAUUCACCAAAGAUGCUGCAAACCUGAUCUGGAGAAUAUUGCAAGUGAACCCAAAGGACAGGAUUGCUCUCAAUCAAAUCUGGAAGCACCCCGUGGUGAGAAAGUACGAUUAUUUGGACAACCUUGGCGGUGGCCAAAGCCUCCCGUCUCUCAACCUGAAUGACUGCGGGCAACCCGUGUUGCGUCGAAGUGAUGUUGAUAAGGAUUUAUUAAGGCAGCUGUGGUCUAUGUGGCAUGCAUACUCUGAAGAUCAACUAAUCGAGGCACUUUUGAGUGAAAGACCCAAUGAGCAAAAGCUCUUUUACACUUUACUUUUGAGAUACAGAGAUGCCCAGCUUGAAAAUUAUGAACCUGAGCUGAAUUAUUCCAACAGUGACUAUCAUCAUAUUAGACCACCUACACUGACAAAAACAUAUUCAACCUGUCACUUCCCACCACAGACAGGUAAUGGUCAUCGUCGCCAACAGGCUUCUAGAUUCACUGUCGUUAGUAAUAGGUCCGAGCACACAUACGAUCCUUUCAAUGCUUCUCGGCCACAACACCUUGAUUCAUUGAGGUCCGAUGAUCAGGUCAAGGUCACCAUUCAUGCCCCUCAGAAUGAUGAACAUAGCCGUAAUCGACAACCCUCUCGAAUGUCAGCGUCAAGGUCUAACAGCGAUCGGAGUAGAUUACAGAAGCCUGUAUCUCGAGUGUAUGCGUCUCGCAGCUCACUUGCAAGCUCUACACGAAGUCGAGGAAGUGCUCCAUUCCGAGCUGCAGUGGGACACAAACGCGGUGUAGAUUUUUCACACAUUAGAAGGCGAUCAUUGAGUAGCCAUAAUCUUAUGUCUGCAAAUAGCCCAUUGGGUUCUACGAGAGAACAGGCAGUAGCAGUUGAUGAUGGAGCGUCUUUGCGUCCUUUCAUUGAGCACUCUACCUCAACACGAUACAUCCGAUCGAGAAAGCCACAAGCAGCCAGUACAAAGAUCACUACUGCCACCAUACAAAAGUCAGGACGAGGUAGUAUUCUAUGGAAAGAGGAUGUCCGUCAAUUGAGCAGCAGCUUGGCCAAAGACUGCGAUGAAGCGUUCAAUAGAUCUUCUGUCGUUUCUUCAACCACUGUCCAGCAUAGGUCACGCUUUUCAGCAACCCCAAGCGUGGCUUCUCGCGAUCCAUCGCCUCUACUCAAUGUGCCGGCAACAAGUCAAAAGCUCAAACGCGAUUCUCUAGAUUCACGACCGCUACCUCCACCACCUGCGCGAUCAGAUUCUGUCAAGAAGGAACUCUUGGAAGCACGCAAACAGGCUACACUUCGUAUGACUUCUGGAGAAGAUUCGCCUGGAUACAUAGAUCGCAUGGUAUCACAUAUCGAUCGUCUUAUAUUGCCUCCUCCUCCAUCUCCGUCGCAAACGCGCCAAGAUCGCCGAACUGCGUCUGCACCAGUGGACACGAAACAGAGAAAUGUUACCCGGCCAUUACCUGCGAUUAAUGAGGCAUAUGCUGAGGAAAUAUCUCCCCGAAAGGUUGAAUCUGAUCGCAUUGCAUCAGCUCCGGAACCUCGUACAUUGAAGAAGAAUUCAAACUAUUUCAACGAGAGAGAAACAAUCCGGGUAGUCAAUGCCUCCGCCGCGUCUUUCAGCCCUGUCAGGGCUCCAGCACCUCUUACAAUUCGAAAGAAAAGCUCACAAGGGGGUCAAACCGGACCAGAAAUCUUCGAUAAUUCUCUCAGAAAUCAAUCAUCUAGUCUGGGAUUGCGACAACAAUAUUACGCCGGGUCCAAGGUGGAUGUCGCCCCAGAAUUAUCUCGUAUCGACGAAGACUCCAACAUGGACGAUCCAUUUGCUCAAGAUAGCAACGCGGGCACUAUAGUGAAGAAACGAUCGGGUUGGUUUAGACGCAAUUCCAAGGCCAGCGAUGAAGGCGAAUCUAGAAGUUCUUCGAUUGUGGGAAAUGAAACGAUGUUAUCCCAGUCGUCAAGUAAAAGUGACCGGAGAUCAGAAGCGGAAGAUCUGCCACCAAUACCACCACCAAAGAAGAAGGGGUUCAUCCUUGGUAGGCUCUUCAAGAAAAAGCAACCAAAAACUGGCAUGACAGUUGGUACACACGAUAUGUUCGAUGAGGAUACCAGUGUUCAAGAUUCUAUAGCCGAUUCCAGACAACAGCAUCGUUUGAACCGUAUGCAACCGAACUCGCGAACACGCCAGAUCGAGCCUCAGCAAAACUGGUUAGCCAAGUUAUUCCAUGUGAAGCCUGCUUCGAAAUUUAUUUGUUUCUCUGUUUCGAAACGUGCCGCAAGACUAGAGGUCGCCAAAGUACUCAAAGACUGGAAACGAUAUGGCAUUAAAGAUGUUCAGGUCGAUAAGCAGAGGAAUAUAGUCUUUGGAAAAGUUGGCGUCGACAAUUUCCUAAAUUUGAAAGAGGUUGCAUUUGCCGCCGAAAUAUUGACCGUCUUCGAGCAUCUGGAACGUGGCAGAAAAAUCAAUCUCGCUGUGGCACGAAUUACACAGGAAAGAGGUGCGGCAAGCAGCUUUCAUAAAGUUGUGGAGACUCUAGAUUCUGUCCUACAAGUUCGUGGAGUACUCGUCAUGGAUGAAGAAAAAAAGAGAAUGAUGGUGAGGACAGUGAACUCUAUGAUAACCGAAACCGGCAUUUCUUAA